UUCAAUGGACGUGUUUGAAGGGUGAAAGAAAUUCAAAAGGUCCAAACGUCAAAGAUCUUUGUCGCUAUUGUCGGGUGUCAAAUCACACGGUCAUCAGUUCAAGGUUUUCCUCAUAGAAUAAUGGUCCUUUCUUAAAUUCUUCCAAAAUCAACGGUUAAAGUUUUAGUGAAUUUAAAAUUCUAGAUUCACACACAACAUGAAUUUUAAAAAAAAAUAAAAUAAAAAAAAAAGCUCCUAUAUAUAGAACGCCCAACAAACCAAUUCACUUACCUUCGUACAAUAUAUCCCCACAUAUAUCACUAUCAAUACCAAACAAAUCAGCAAAAGAGUUCGUACUACCUAGUUAAUUAGGAUUUCCAAGAAAAACAUAACCAUGCAUCGCUAUGCAGUCAUGAAUAUGCUACAGAAAAAAAUCAUUAAACCAUGCGAUGUUUUCAUUAACCAUAGAGGCAUUGAUACGAAGCGAACCGUGGCUUCGUUGCUCUAUGAUCACCUUGUCCGCCUCGAUAUCCAUCCUUUCUUGGACAACAAGAACAUGAAACCCGGGGACAAGCUGUUCGAGAAGAUAAACAAUGCCAUUCAUGGCUGUAAAAUAGGUGUGGCCGUCUUCUCGCCGCGCUACUGUGAGUCAUACUUCUGCCUCCAUGAGUUGGCUCUCAUGAUGGAGUCCAAGAAGAAGGUUAUACCUAUCUUCUGUGAUGUCAAGCCCUCCGAGCUUCGAGUGGUGGACAAUGGUACUUGUCCACCUCAGGACCUCGAGAAGUUCACUAUGGCACUUGAAGAAGCCAAGUACACUGUUGGACUCGCCUUCGACUCUCUUAAGGGGAACUGGUCAGAUGUGGUAACAAAUGCUGCAGACAUAGUGACAGAGAGCUUGAUAGAGAUCGAGGACGUCGAAGACCGAAUUCAACACCAAAUUCCUCAAAUCCCUAAUUGAGAGCUGCAUUCAUCAACUAAUAAUGAAGGAUUAUACAAGAUGCCAACUCCUGAUCAUUCCUUUCAUCGAUCACCUAUAAUUUGCUCAA